UUAGGUCUAUCUUCUGGCAAUAGAGUUUCUUUGCUAGACAAAUGGAAACCCCCGGACAGCGGGGGCUAUGGCCUCAUCUGGUUUAUGCAGUUGCAUUUUGCUUUAUAGCCACUGCUGCUGUAGCUGAUUACCAUCCUUAUGAGUACACUUCACCUCCACCACCAAGCCAGUACAAAUCACCACCACAUUUUAAGCGCAUUUGGCACCCACCUCCUAAGCAUUCUCCUCCUCCACUAUAUUACUACAAAUCUGCUCCUCCUCCAUAUGUUUACAAGUCUCCACCACCUCCAUCUCCAUCACCCCCUCCACCUUAUGUUUACAAAUCUCCACCUCCUCCAUCUCCAUCCCCACCACCUCCUUAUGUUUAUAAAUCUCCGCCACCACCAUCACCUUCACCACCUCCUCCGUAUGUUUACAAGUCUCCACCACCUCCAUCUCCAUCACCCCCACCACCUUAUGUUUACAAAUCUCCACCACCUCCAUCUCCAUCACCCCCACCACCUUAUGUUUACAAAUCUCCACCACCUCCAUCCCCAUCCCCACCUCCUCCAUACUACUACAAGUCUCCACCACCACCAAUACAUUCACCACAUCCACCUUAUGUUUACAAAUCUCCACCUCCUCCAUCUCCAUCACCACCACCUCCUUAUGUUUACAAAUCUCCACCUCCUCCAUCUCCAUCCCCACCACCUCUUUAUGUUUAUAAAUCUCCACCACCACCAUCACCUUCACCACCUCCUCCAUAUGUUUACAAGUCACCUCCACCUCCUCCAUAUAAGUAUAAGUCACCACCUCCUCCUCCAUAUGUUUACAAGUCUCCACCUCCUCCAUCUCCAUCACCACCACCUCCUUAUGUUUACAAAUCUCCACCACCUCCAUCGCCAUCCCCACCACCUCCUUAUGUUUAUAAAUCUCCACCACCACCAUCACCUUCACCACCUCCUCCAUAUGUUUACAAGUCUCCACCUCCUCCAUCUCCAUCCCCACCACCUCUUUAUGUUUAUAAAUCUCCACCACCACCAUCGCCUUCACCACCUCCUCCAUAUGUUUACAAGUCUCCACCUCCUCCAUCUCCAUCCCCACCACCUCCUUAUGUUUACAAAUCUCCACCACCUCCAUCGCCAUCCCCACCACCUCCUUAUGUUUAUAAAUAUCCACCACCACCAUCACCUUCGCCACCUCCUCCAUAUGUUUACAAGUCUCCACCUCCUCCAUCUCCAUCCCCACUACCUUCUUAUGUUUAUAAAUCUCCACCACCACCAUCACCUUCACCACCUUCUCCAUAUGUUUACAAGUCUCCACCACCUCCAUCUCCAUCACCCCCACCACCUUAUGUUUACAAAUCUCCACCUCCUCCAUCUCCAUCCCCACCACCUCUAUAUGUUUACAAAUCUCCACCACCUCCAUCUCCAUCCCCACCACCUCCUUAUGUUUAUAAAUCUCCACCACCUCCAUCUUCAUACAUGUAUAAGUCCCUUCCAUCACGCUCACUCUCCCCUCCACCUCCAUAUUAUUAAAAAUUAUCUCCUCCUCCUCAUCAUUACGAGUCUUCAGUACCUCCAUCUCACCAUGCACAUCCUCCAUACCUCUAUAAAUCAUCUCUUUCGCCAUCCAAGUCUCAUAUUCCUUAUUAUUACAAGUCACCGCCACCUCUUAAAGGUUACUAAGGUUGUGGUUAUUCAUCAAUCUAGUUUCAAUUCAAGCAAGAAUAAUAAAUUGUUCAUGACAUUUUCUAUGGAUUUCUUGAACAUAUUUUUGUGAAUAAUGAGGGGUUUAAGAACCUUUUUGGAAUUCAAAUGUAUGAGAUAUUUAUUUGUAUCAUUUGUUGUAAUUUCAUUUUUGAAAGAAUUUGUUGUUGUUCUAAAUAUGGUAUAAAGCUACAUAAGUGAAA